GUGACGUGGCUUUUGCUGGCUGCUGCUGUCUCUGGUCAGUUCCAGAAGCCAAGUUCCAAGCCUAGUUCACGUUCAAGUAAGGGCUCCCUAAUUGUAGAAGUUGUGAACUUUAGUGUACCUGACUAACACUGCUCAAUAGGACUUACUGGUAUCUUCUCUCCAGAUAAUGGUUUGAGGUCUGUGUGUCUUGGGAAUGUCAUGAGGCUAACAUUGGACAAAGCUCUGGCUGUGGGUAGCCAGCUAGAAAUUGACGCCAUUGGUGAGUAGUUUAAGUGCUUAAGAGUCUUGGCAAUUUGGGCGUAAACAUUUAUUUCAAAGUCUAAUCCUCAACUGUUCUUUCAGAUGGCACUGACAUUAAACCUCUUUCGCACACCUUGGCUGCCCAGUGUGGAUACAGCAUGGAGUCUGACCCUUGGGGCAACACUAAAGUCUUUGCUUCCUUGUUGGGAUGUUAUGUCGACAACCAGGUACAUUUUCCCUGACAGUGACACUGUGGUUAAUAAAUGACAACUAGCUGGUCGUCUGUCAACCUUGGUGUUUCUAUAUGAAUUAUUCAUUUAACUUGUGAACAGUUCAUUUAGGGCAAACAACGCCAAAUGUUACUUUUUUACAUGGAAAAUUGGCAUUCCCUGUAGUCCCUCUGCUUUGGGCCUAAUGAACAUGACCAGAACUAAGUGACUUGUUCCAUAGGCGGAUAUGGUGUUUAACCUUGGCCUGCGACUCCGAAUGUACAGAGAUGGCUUGUCAGAGCAAGUUGAGCAUGAUGUGACCGAGACCUGUAGUUACUCCCCCUGGGCCUCCAGGGAAAUUCUCUGUGACAGGAACUACAUGGAGGUGAGGCCAUUCUGAUCAUCCCUAGAUUUGGAUUUACUGCUGUCUUUGGGGGGUGUAGAAGUUAUUGCUCAAGGUUUGGUGAUUUGCUCUGUCCUUCAGGUGUCAACCCUCAUGGUCACUCCAGAGAUCCCUGUCAAAACUGUCAUGGGCCAGCAGCUUCAUGGUUCCUGGGAGGAAGCCAUCCCUGACGUAUGUCACCUUAAGAUGCUAAUUUGUUUUAUACACGUGGACUGGCUAUACAUUUCUUGUCUGCAGUUGCUACCUCCUUUCCACCACAGGCUGUCGUUGCUCCAAACAGCAUCUGGAAGUUGAUGUUCCACACCCCUGACCCGAAGGUCAUGUUGUUGAAGGAUGCUCAGCGGGCUGGCUACGGCGCAAUGAUAACCCCAACAAGACUGGUGAUCCGAAGCCCCUACAACAUGGCAGAGACUUAUUCUGAAGAGGUGAGCAUCACUGGUCUAAUUGUUUUUCGGGUGUAUCACUUCCCUGGUAACAUGGCAGAACAUGCCUGUAAUAUAGAAGGGCAUGUGACUAAUACAUUGUCUUUUCUCACCAGGUUGCCGGAGUUCCCAUGGAGGUUUUCAGUGUGUCCACUUACUACAAGAUUGGUGAAUUGACCAUUGUGGAUUCAGCUGCUGCCUGUCCUACUGGUACGUAUGCUGUCUAAAGGGUAGGCUCUGUCUGCGUUGACACAGGCAGCUGAUUUCUGCUUGUUUGCUAAUUGGUGUCUUGCCAAUUGGUCAGGUGGUGUGGUCUUCACUGAUGAGGUGAUCACCUGGCAUGUGCCUCGCCGCAUCACCCCGCUGAUUUCUAGCGCUGUCAAGAUCCUGGAGACCCACAUGGGCAUCUACGGCCAGAGGCUGGACAAAACCAAGAUGUCUGCCAGACACUACAAGCUAUCUGUCACGGAGUCUCACAUCAUCAUUGAGAUUCCAGUGGGGUCACCCGAUGGCUACUACAAGGUCAGGCUACUUGCAAAAAGCAGUACUCGCUGCAACAGAUAAUGAGUUAUUGGACUAGUCCUGUGUUUCAGUGUAUUUUAUCCAUUUGACUAAUGAACACAACCUGUAUCUUGAAAGAUGCUUGAUUUAUACAACUUCUAUUCCUGAUUGCAGAGCCAUGCCCCAGAUUAUACAUACCACAUAACCUACACUGUUGAACCAAUGCUUGAGUUGCUGUGGAGGGCAGAAAACACUCAUGCUGACACCAGAUACAAAGUCCUCUUCCCCAUCACCACCCCUCUGAUGCCCAGGCCUCCACAUGUUAUUGACAGUAAGUCUGCUUCACUAGUACUGAAGGCAGGUCUGUUCAGGAGGGUGUACAGUUCACAAAUGUUUAGUGCAGAGCUGUAGCCAGCCCAGUCCCCAAGGAUGAAACAUAACUUGCUGGUAUAAAAUUACACUGGCAUGUCAGGUGUAAUUAAACUUAAUAUUUGCAUUUCUCUAACACCUGUGAAGUUCCAGCUUCACCUUUUAACCCAUGUUAUGGCCUUUUCCUAACCUUUUUCCAGGCACACUUCCUGAGCAGAGAGUGUUUGACAUCCUCCUGGGGACCUUCAUCCAUGAUGUGGAGCUGAUGAACAUCACCUUUACCACCAGGGUGCUGACUGUUGCAGAGUGCAAUGCCAGAGGCUUUGACGUCCAGGAGCACCGCUUCGCUAACAGCUCCAAGACCUUCUCACUAAGAGUGCCUUUCUCGGAUGAAGUUGUUGUGAAACAAGUAUGAUUCUAUGGUCAAAUGUACUGCUGCAAUGCCUGACUCUGUAAAAGAACACUGCAAAUGUUGUGUACAGGCUCUCAUUAAAGAACUUGGUGUUCUGAACACUGCCGCCAUUAAGCUUUUGCUACAUGACUAACAUGUAAUUCUUUCUCCACCAACAUAUGCAGAACCCUGAUCCCCUGACAACUAUUUACUUCCUCCCUCUGGUCUUCGGUCUGCUCAUCCUGCCUGAACACACCCCCUUCCCCCACCCUGCUGAGCUGGAGGCCUCCCGGGAAGAUGUUGGUAAGGCCACCUAGGUUAAAUCUAACACACUUCAGUAGCUUGACUCCAGGGCCCAGUUAAUUUAUCUGAUUUUAAAUGCAUUGGAAUAAUCUGUCAACAAUUUGUUUUCUAUGCAUUUAGUCUUAUCCAAUAGGCAAACUGGACCCUGGGUGAGCACCCAUCCAGUGCUUCAGAGCAAUUGUUCCUUAGCUGCACUUUCUGUCUUAGUUCUUCCCACAAUCACCGGCAGCUGCGACCAGGAGAACUUCUACAUCUCCAUUAAAUACGGGAGCCAACGGGAUAACUUCAAGACCAUGAUGCUUCAUGCUGGGUCAUGGCGGGAGCUGGACACUGAGCUGUCGACGCUGUACGGUCUCACUGCCAAUGGCACCCACUUCAGUAUUGUAGUGCCAUUCACUGCCUGCUGCAGCAUUUGAGGUAUGAGUUCUGAUCUAUGAUUACUUAUAAUGCCACUUGACUCUCACAAGCAGUGAAUUGCAACAGGACUUUAUUGAACUGCCUAAACCAGGGGUUGGCAACAUGGUGACUUUACUUUCCCCACAAAGUUUAGGAGAUUAUUUCAACAAAUGGCUGUCAAUUUAACUAAAGUAUGGCAAAUGCAGGCUUGGUUUAUUUGCAGCAUUCAAAUGCAUGUUCUGACCAUCAGCUCAAAGUAAUCUGUCUAAAUCUAGUUGCCUAACCCUGACCUAAAAGUAACUGUUGCGUUCCAGUUGGUUCAUUCCAAAUCUGUCAGAGCCAGAGUGGACUUGCUGCUGUUGGAGACUCCUAACAUGUGGCAACUCAAUGACCUUUCACUCGCCUGCUACUUCCCCUUGACCACAACUGGUUUGUUUUCAGUUUAAUAUAGAAUUGUACUUUAAUGCUACUUUGACAUAGUUAACACAAUUUAGUUAAAAUAUUACAACUGUUUCAUUAGGUCAAGGGACGCUGACUGUUCUACAUUUGCUUUGAACACAUUUCAGAGUGCUACUCAAACGGCACGGCAACUGCGCUGGCAGUGAUGGUAGAAUCUGUUAGGAACUUGAACCCUGAAUACCUGACCUUGCGGGACCAGUCAUGUAAACCUGCCUUCAGCAAUGACCGCUCUGCGUUCUUCUCCUUCAACCUCAACUCCUGUGGCACCACAAGAACAGUAAGACUGCUUCUGGGCCUGUGUUAAUAAAGCAACAGGAAUGCUUAUGUUUUUACUUUUAAAUCCUGAUGAAUGGCUAGGGUUUUGAUCCUAGGUGUUAAGAUUAUACUUCUAUUGUGAAUGACAUCACUCAUACUGUCCUGGGAAGUUUGCAAAUAUUGUUGCCUUAUCUUUCUAGUUCUUCGACAACGUCAUGGUGUACGAGAAUGAAAUUACCCUGCCAUACAGCACAGGCAAACAAAGUAGGAAUGGCCAGGUCGCUCCAGAGUAUCGGUAAGAAUACAUGCCACUACAUUGUGACCUCUUUUCCGUCCCUUGCAUAUCCCUCACUGGUUGGAUUUAAUCAUUCAGGCACACUGUCUCCUGCUACUAUCUGCUGAACUACACUGAGACCAUGGUAUUCCGUGCUAGUCCAAGGAACACUGACCCUAUGGCAGAUCCUGGGGUGGGACAUCUGGUGGUCCAAAUCAGACUAUCCCAGGGUAAGAUUGUUUAAGUGAUGCUGUACCAAUAUCAGCCUUGUUCUAGUCAGACUGCUCAGGUUGCUGGUUCAAAUCUUACUCUGACCCUAAACUUGACCUAAUCAUGUUUAACUGUAAAUAUAAUCAUUGUUUACAUAAUGGCAGUUGCCAAUCAUGUUCAGGGGAUGGGGGUACUCCACUCAUGGGCUCUGUCUUUCAGAUGUAUCUUAUGACCUAUUCUACCAAACUGAGGACUACCCGGUGGUAAAGCACUUGAGAGAGCCUCUGUAUUUUGAGGUGGAGCUGACGCAGUCCACUGACCCUCAAAUAGAGCUGGUGUUGGAGAACUGCUGGGCCACGCUACAUGAGGACCGCACUUCUCUUCCUAGCUGGGACCUCAUCGUGGACAGGUAGUAGCCAUGUCUUCUGAUACAAAUGGAGGUCUCUUUCUGGAUUUGUUUUAGGCAGAAUAACCAAGGGACCUCACCAGAGACUCAUUCAUUAGUAAACAAAUCUACUACUUGGACUUGCCCAAAACCCUUUUCUAUUGCAGAACAGUAUGUAUGCAUGACUGAAUACAGCCCAGGAUUCUGCAUGCAUGAUUUUGAUCUAAUCUCUUGCCCACUCCUACCCUCAGCUGUGAGAAUCUUGAUGACCUUUACCUCACUGUCUUCCAUCCGGUCAUUGCGGACACAAGGGUUCAGGUCCCAGCUCACGUCAAACGCUUCUCCAUCAAGAUGUUCACUUUCACCAAGGAUGAGGCAGUUCUGAAAGAACAGGUGCUCUAGACUGCACUUCCUAUGGAAGGCCUAAUCUCUUAGAUGCUAGCUUGAGUUGUAUUUAAAAUACUUAAAGGUUCUCUUCUCGCCAUAGAUCUUUGUUCAUUGUGAUGCAGUCCUUUGUGACACCACCAAACCUGAUGCCAUCUGCUCAGGCCAGUGCGUAAACCCCCUGAGGUAUGCAAACUCUCUCAGACCAACCGGCUCAAAAAGAGGUAUGUCGCUAAGGCUCCCUUGCCCUGAGAUUCUAGGGCUCUGUAGUAUCACGACUGUCCUGUCCUCCAGACCCUUUUACGUUGGUGUCUGCUCUUGUUCUAGGUCUUAGCGCUACAGAUGCCAGCCAGUCUAAGAAGCAGAUCUCAUCUGGACCCGUUCUUCUGUCUGACCCAUCCAACUUGUCCUGGAAAAUA